AUGAAAUUCAAAAAGUGUUCAAAGGAGACUUCAGUGUAUUGCAAGCAAGAGGGAGAUACACUACUCAUCGUUGCCAUAUAUGUGGAUGAUCUUUUUGUGACAGGAAACAGUCUUAGAGGAAUACAGGAGUUCAAAGUUAGGAUGUCAUCUAAGUUUGAGAUGUCAGAUCUCGGGAAGCUCACCUAUUACCUCGGCAUUGAAGUUCAUCAAGGAAUAGAUGGGAUCAAAAUCAAACAAGAAGCUUAUGCAAAGAGGAUUUUGAAAGAAGCAUGUUUGGAGAACUGCAAUCCGACUCAAUUACCUAUGAAGUUUGGUCUUAAAGUGUCUAAAUCUCAAGGAAAAACAGAGUUAGACCCUACGAAUUAUAGGAGGAAUGUUGGAUGCCUAAGAUAUCUACUGCACACAAGACCUGAUUUAGCUUUUUCAGUUGUAGUGGUUAGUAGGUAUAUGCAGAGUCCUCGUAAAUCUCAUGGUGAAGUAAUGAAGAACAUACUUCGUUACCUCAAAGGAACCAGUUCAUAUGGCCUAAAGUUCAAGAGAGAAGGAUCAAAGAAGAUCGUUGGGUUUAGUUACAGCAGCCACAACAUCGAUCAAGAUGAUGGAAGAAACACUACAGGUCACAUGUUCUAUUUUGGGUCUGCACCAAUCACUUGGUGUUCACAAAAACAAGAUACAGUCGCUCUUUCAACAUGUGAGGCAGAGUUCAUGGCAGCGACAGAAGCAGCUAGUCAAGCAAUAUGGCUCCAAGAACUUCAGAGUGAGAUCACAGAAUGGAAGAUUGAACAAGUCAUCAUCAAGAUUGACAACCAAUCCGCAAUAGCACUUACAAGGAAUUCGGCAUUUCAUGGCAGGAGUAAGCACAUUCACAAACGCUACCACUUCAUAAGGGAAUGCAUUGAAAAUGGGCUAGUUGAUGUGGAGCAUGUACCGGGAGUUGAACAAGAAGCCGAUAUUAUAACUAAAGCUUUGGCAAUGAUUAAGUUUACUGAGAUGAAAAGCUUAAUUGGUGUUGGAGAGAUGUCCAAGACAGAGUCAAAGCUUAAAAGGGAGAAUGUUGGAUAA